UAUAAAUAAUGCAAGAAAAAACCUGUCAGGCUGUUUCAUUUGCUUCUUUGCGCGCAAGGUGUGUGCCACGCUUUCAUCGAGGCCUGCACACGCACUGAACUCCCUGAUGGUAUUUCUUGUGUGUCUGUUCCUGUUCCUCUGGGUAGACCAGUGUGAACCUGGAGCCUAUCCUCCACUAUCUGCAAAGGAAGAAUGCACGCUGGCGUUGUCGGAGCUGAACCAGAGCAUCCAGAGGCUGAAUCAGAAGCUGUACCUGGGCGACUGGCAGCUGGAGAAACUCAAGCGGUACAUCUACUUCCCCCCUCUCAAAGAGCAGCCCGCGGCCACGCCAAAUGACACAGCCACCUUCAAGACAUCCGCUCCUCUGCUGCCGAUGGGGCCCGGCAACUUGCUGGUUCAUGAUAAAGACUGCUCUGACUUAUACGACCGACUGCGACCGCCGAGUGGGUUCUAUCGCAUCAAGCCCCGAGACCGGGCCGAGCCCUUCCUGACUUACUGUGACAUGGAGGACGGCGGGGGCUGGACCGUGCUGCAGAAGCGGCGAAACGGAAAGGUAGACUUUAACAAAGACUGGGCAGAUUACCGCGAUGGCUUUGGAAAUUUUGAGCUGUGGAACGAUGAGUUUUGGUUGGGUAACGAGAACAUGCAUUCUUUACUCACUGGAGAUGACUAUUUGUUGAAGAUUGAUCUCAUGGACUGGAAUGGAGAGAAAAGUUUUGCUAUCUAUGACCGCUUUAAGAUAUCAGAUGAAAAGGAUCGGUACAGGCUGAGUGUGGGGGGGUACAGCGGGCCGGCGGGGGACGCCCUGUCUGGCGGCUCCAACAUGGUGGAGCAGUGGUCGGCCUCGCUGGGGGGCAUGCAGUUCACCACCAGGGACGAGGACAACGACCGCUACACACAGGGCAACUGUGCCGAGGAGAACAAGGGCGGCUGGUGGUACAACAGGUGUCAUGCGGCCAAUCUGAACGGGCGUUACUACAGGGGAGGAGCUUACAAGGGCGACAACGAUGACGGCGUGGUUUGGGGCUCCUGGCGCGGCCUCUGGUACUCGCUCCGCCACACCACCAUCAAGAUACGCCCACUGCACACCAUGGAUGGCCUGGGCAGCGGGGCCCAGCCAGAGGGCUAGAGCGAGGCAAGAUCAGUCCAGAUUGAAUGAAUGAAA